GGUUAUGGUGCGACAGAUGAGAUCAAAGGUUAAACUUAACCAGUAAUGAUAGAUGUAGCGACAAAAAUUCAAUAGCUAUUGAAAAAGGUGCAAUGUAUUUUUGAAUUAUUAUAAAAACGAAUUUAGAAUGUAGACGUGUCAGCCAUGUGUUAGUAUUCGUUUUGUAUUUUUUUUUUUUUUUUUUGCAAGCGAUGGACCUGAAUUUAGAACAUGCGGAUAAACAAAGUUCCAGGGAAUCAGAACAACAUGAUCCAAUAACACAAAAAAUAAUUAAUCUUGCCCAAUUGAAACCAAAAGGUAUAUCGGACAAAGACAUUUCAAUUGAAAUGCCGGAUCUGCAGCCAAUUCAGAAAGCGCAAGCCAUAAAUAAACUUUUAGCGCAAGGUUUCUUCGAUCUUUUCAAACAAGGCGAGACUUUAUUGUACAAAUUGAAAGAUCCAUCAAAAGCUAGAACGGCAAAGGGUGCGGAUAACGAAGAGAAAAUUGUAUAUACCAUUAUAGAAGACGCUGGGAACAAAGGGAUUUGGAUUAGAGAUAUAAGAUUCAAAUCAAAUUUAAUGCCAACUCAGUUGAAUAAGAUUUUAAAGAGUCUUGAAACAAAGAAGUUCAUUAAAGCUGUAAAAUCUGUUGCAGCUAGUAAGAAAAAAGUCUAUAUGUUAUAUAAUUUAGAGCCAGAUAGAUCUGUGACUGGUGGAGCAUGGUAUCAAGAUCAAGACUUUGAAGCAGAAUUUGUCGAUGUUUUAAAUCAACAAUGUUAUAGAUUUUUGGAGCAAAAGAGAGACAGCACGAAGGAUUAUCUUAACGGGCCUAUAGCGGAAAAGAACGCUACGUUCGCUUCGUCCAAAGAAGUGUGGAAAUUUAUUUCCGAUUUGGGGAUAAGUAAAGUGAAACUAUCGAUAGAGGACUUGGAAAUGAUUUUAAAUACAUUGAUAUAUGAUGGAAAAGUAGAAAAGAUGAUUUCAAGCGACGGAAGUAAUUUUUAUAGAGCUAUAAGACCUCUAUUAGAUUCAUCGGGACUCGUUAAAAGUCCUUGCGGUAUAUGCCCCGUGAGAAAAAAUUGUUGCGAUUUCGGUGACGUGACGCCAAUAAAGUGUCAAUAUAUUACCGAAUGGCUGGACUUAUAAUAAAAUUGUCAUUCGUCGAUUACAUCCAAAUUAUGUAUCUCCACGAUCGGCUAUCACAAUUCUUAAAUAUCAAUAAAUGAAGGAAUCAUAACGUUGAUUAUUACAUAAUAUUGACGAUUUCAAUGAGAAAUAAACAGUUUUGAAGAAGCUUUUCUCUAUGCAAAUUUCCUAUGUAGCGAUCGAUCGCGAAACAUUCA